CUAAUUCAAUCUAUAACUCUCUUUCCCAACCAAGAAACAAACAAACAAAGAAAGAAAAAAAAGGGAAGUUCACAAGGAAGGAAAGAUGUUUGAGCACAUAACAGCGAGCGAAGUAGCUGGCUACGCCGUCGGUGCUCUGCUACUGUGCGCCACCGUCUCCGCCUACAAGGUCGACUCCUUCGUCGCUUCUUCCCAGCGCAGUUCGCUUGGGAUGUGUAAGAGAUGUGGGGAUCUGAAGCUGAUAGCUUGCCGGCAAUGUAAGGGCGGCGCCCGCCGCUCCCCCGCCGCCAGUUUUCCACUGCCCCCUUCUCCUUCUUCUUCUUCUAGUUGUACCAAGUGCCAAGCCAGAGGCUACUUUCGCUGCCCUGACUGCUCAACUUAAACCCAAUCUUAAUUAUCUGCGCCUGCUGUGAAAAGAGCCAUUAUUUUUAGACUGUAAAUGAAUGGUUCUUCUUAGAAUAAUAGAUUGUACUCUCU